AUGGCCCUCCUGUCGCCAGGACGUGUGCGUGAGAUGCAAACCGACUGGGAGAGUCGAAUGAAGGAGCAGCAGGCGGAGGCUCAACGUCGGCUGACCGAGCAGGCGGCCCACUACGAACGGCGCUUGCGGCAGUUGGAGGCCGAGAAGGAAGAACACAAGGGCUUGUUCCAUCAACAUCAGUCCGAAAGCAAGAGCACCAUUCAACAGCUCCAGUCGGAAAGCCAGCGACGCUUGGACGAGCAACAGUCCGGCCACGAACGACGGAUCGACGAGCUGCAGACGCACAGUGAAGGCCGUUUGCGCGAACUGCAGUCGGACCACGAGGGGCGCUUCCACGCGCAGAGGGCCGACUACGAAGGUCGCCUGCGCGAGCUUCAGUCGGAACACGAAGGACGCUUCCAAAAGCUCUCCGCCGAGCAUGAGGGCCGCGUGCGCGAGCUGCAGUCGGACCACGAAGGGCGCUUCCACGCCCAGAGGGCCGACCACGAAGGCCAACUCCGUGCGCUCCAGACAGACUACGAAGGACAGCUGAGAGACAGCGAAGGACGGCUGAAAGACAGCGAAGGACGUCUCCAGGAGCUCCGCCUGGGCUACGAGGAACGUCUUCAAGAGCUCCAGUCUGACUACGAGGGCCGCCUGAGAGAGGAACAGGCUGACAGUGAGAGUCGACUCCGACAAUUGGAGGCGGACAGUGAGAGUCAUCUUCGACAACUGGAGGCUGACUGUGCUGGUCGCCUCAAAGAGCUGGAGGCUGAGUGCGAAGGUCGGGUGCAACGGAUCCAAGAAGAGGCACAAGCACAAGCACGUGCUUUUCAGCUGAGGGAGCAAAUGCUGAGAGCGAGAUGCAAGUUACUGCAGGCCUCGUGUUUCCGCCUCUGGUGGUGCUUAAAGCCGGACUCGCCGAACCUGGACUUGCUGGAGAUGGCCGAAAGCGCACCACAGGAGGUGGAUCUAGUGCCUUGCCAGCGGAUGCCACUACCUGCAGACUGGCGCAGCAUCUUGCAGUUCCAGGCACGACUCUUCCAUUCCUUCGCAGAGGCACGACAGAGGUCCAAGCUGCCUGUUGCACGCGUGGCACGCCCGGUGAGCCCACCUGCCAGCCCAAAGCGCUUGUCCCCAAAGCAGGGACCCAGCCGGCCAAAGGUUGCCGGCUCGGCAGGCGGCACUGGUGGCUCUGAGCGAGCUGCAUCGCCCCAGACCUCCGGCUACAAUGUCCGCCCCUCCUUGGCCUCGAUCUUUCGGAGGAGAAGCCCGAGCCCUGAAGGCAGUCGCUCCAAGAGGCAGGGCAGCUCCAGGAGCUUCUCACCGCCGCGGUGGAGGAUCUGA